CAGACCCUACGCGGUGUUAAAACCAUCCAUUGCCCCACACGCCUAUAAACUACCCAUGUUGCUGCUCACCCUACCACCACUCAAAAACUUUCCGACUAUCCAAUGGCCGGAAAACCAAGUUCACCAGUGGCGGUCUUUCCGAUUAUCGUGCUUGCCAUCAAUGUGCUUGGCCUCCUCUGUGUAGCUGAAAAUCAGGCGAGAUCUCCGAAAAAUUUCUCGAAAUGGGUUGCCAGUAAUGUUGCUUCCUUCAAGGAACGGAUGGCUCAGAUCGAGAAUGUCACAAGAGUGGCACUCGAUGAACGUUUGGCGGGAGCCGAGGCGCAAAGAAGAGUGAUCAAGGUCAGGCAAGAUGGGACUGGGGAUUUCCGGACAAUUUCGGAUGCAGUGAAGAGUAUUCCAUUAGGGAAUUCUCGACGAGUUGUGGUGCAUAUAGGACCUGGAGUAUACAAGGAGAAGGUGACAGUGGAGAAGAGCAAGCCGUUCGUUACUUUUUUGGGCGAUCCCAAUGCGAUGCCCACCAUCACUUUCGAUGAUACAGCUGCUAAGUUUGGGACGUGGCUCAGCGCCUCCGUGGCCGUCGAUUCUCACUAUUUUAUGGCUGCCAAUAUCAUCUUCAAGAAUGCGGCGCCAAAGCCCGCUGCCGGGGCACAAAGCCAAGCAGUGGCGAUGCGUAUCUCCGGUGACAAGGCAGCGUUUUACAAUUGCAGGUUUUAUGGGUACCAAGACACCCUCCUUGACGACAAGGGCCGCCAUUUUUUCAAAGACUGCUACAUUGAGGGCUCUGUCGACUUCAUCUUUGGUUCUGGCAGAUCUCUCUACAGAAAUUGCGAGAUCAGAUCGGUGAGUGAUUACCCUGGACAGACAGCGAUUGUCGCUCAAGGGAAAUCGAGCAAGGGCGAUAAGAGUGGUUUCGUCUUUCUGGACUGCCAUGUGACUGGCAUGGGAGAUGUGUAUCUGAGCCGAGCAUGGCGCGAAUACUCUCGUGUCGUGUUUGCUUACUCAUAUUUCGACACUGUUGUCAACCCAGAGGGCUGGAACGACAAGGGUUUCACAGAACGAGACAAGACGGUUUUCUACGGAGAGUACAAGUGCGAGGGUCCCGGAGCCAACACAAACCGGCGAGUGGACUACGUGAAGUUGCUCACUGAUGCACAAGCCAAGCCAUUCUUGGAUGAGAGCUUCAUUCGUGGUCGCACCUGGAUCCUCCCUCCACCAACUCUCUGA